AUGUCCGGAAGAAAGCUCAAUGUUGAGCUCCUCAGCGAAGAGCAACAGGCGAAAGCAAUGGCGAAGAGAGUGAGGGGGCAGGCAAUCGGAAGAGGAUGCGAUCCUGCCGUGAUCGCGGUCCAUGAGAGGAAACUUGCGUACAACAGGGAGAAGUGGAAGAGGGAGAGCGCAGCGAUUCGCGCUGCAUCUCAGCGCCGCCGCAACACUGGAAGUACGACGUCCGUCUCGGAUCACACCGAUGACGAGGAUACUACCAUGACUGCGACGAGGCCGCACAGACCGGCGAAUGCGCGUGACAGGAUGUCUGUUACAUCGGAGGAUCCUGACUCAACCAUGCUUACCGCAGCAGCAAUAUUAGAGACUACCAGCCCUGUCCCAAGCAGGAUUGUACGAGAUCCAACCAAGACCCAGGAAGGGGCUGCAGUUGACCUUUUAACAGCGACGAGCAUUCUGAAAAUACCGACAGAGGCACGGCUGCGCUUACGCCACAUUGGCCUGGAGAAGGAGCGCAUUGCACUGGAGGAAAAGCACAUCACUCUCGCCAAAGAACGGAUUGCGUAG